GGCGAGCAGCCGGGGGGCGACCCAGCCCCUCCGCUCGGAAAGUUUUCCUUGGCGGGGCCGGGGGUCCCGGCAGCCGCUCCCCCCGCCCCCCCCGGCUCUGGGGUAGGGCUUCGAGGGGUCGGCAUGGGCAGGAGCCCCCAGCGGUGCUGAGCGGGGUCUCGGUGUGUGCCUGCGGCGAUGGCGAGCCGGGGGAGCUAGCGGGGCGGCGGCGGCCGAGCCUCCCGGAGCCGCUCCCGGGACGUGUCCCCGUCUCGGCGGCAUGGCGGGGGCUGCCCGCGGCGCCGUGCCCCGCCGGGCGGCUCUCAGCCCGCUGCGGGCGGCCCGCAGCCUGCUCCUGGCGGCCCUGCUCCGCGGAGUGGCAGAGAGUCGAGGGGUCUUGGACAAUAAUCAGAGAUUUUCUUCUUCACCAACUUACCUACCUGUGAGCUACCGGAUCUUCAGUGCCGAGACAUCUUUCUUCCUCAAAGAAGCCAACCAGGACUUCAUGAGAAAUUCCAGUUUGCAGUCCAGGGUGGAAUCGUUCUUCCCAUACAAAGCCAAGAGGCCACCCGUAUUAAAUGCCAGCUAUGGACCUUUUUCCAUUGAACAAGUUGUGCCCCAGGACCUAAUGUUAACUUCCAACUUCUUUGGAUCUGCCAACAAGUUUACUUAUAACUGGAAACUCAAGGCCUUCAUAAUGAGUGACAAAAUUUAUGUGAGCAAGCCCAAAGUCCAGGUCCUGUUCUACAUCGUGGGCAGAGACUGGGAUGACUACAGCACCACGGAGCGGCUGCCCUGCCUGCGGGUGUUUGCCUUUCGAGAGACGCGGGAGGUCAGAGGCAGCUGCAGGCUGAAGGGGGACCUGGGGUUGUGUGUGGCAGAGCUGGAACUCCUGGCAAGCUGGUUUAACCCCCCCACGGUUGUCACAGGCCGUAAGAAGCCACCUGAUUUUUCUGAAGGGAGCCCUGUGGAGCUUUACUACACGGUCCAACCAGGAGAUGAGAAGGGAGAAUGUACUGCUGAGGAUGUAAGGAAGGGAAAUGCUAUCCGGCCAGGAAAAGAUGGCCUGGAUGGAACCAUGUCCCACCUACAGAGGAUUGGAUCAGUCAGCCUCUAUCGAGGCCAGGAAACUUCUCAGCUAACGGAGCUACGGCUGGACAGUAACAUUGUCAUCUGGCUGCCCUCAAAACCUGUCAAACAAGGAGAAGUUGUGAACAUUUAUGUGACGAUUGCCACCAAUUCUACAGUGGAUCAGUUCAUACUCAGGGCAAAGGUGAAGAAAGGUGUAAAUAUUCUCAGUGCAAAGACAAGUGAUCCCCAGCAAUGGGACGUGAAACAAGAAGUGGGGAAUGGUGGAAAGCAUUCAACCGCAACAGUUAUUUGUCAGAGGAUAGCACCAAGUUCAAGGAACAGAAGUAACAGUUUAUUCAAUGAGGUCGUGCAGAUGAACUUUGAAAUAGCCAGUUUCAGCAGCCUUUCUGGAACGCAGCCCAUCACCUGGCAGGUGGAAUACCCUCGGAAAGGGACAACAGACAUAACCUUGUCUGAAAUCUUCAUCUGCCAAAAGGAUCUUGUUGGAAUUGUUCCAUUGGCAAUGGAUACAGAAAUACUGAACACUGCAAUUCUCACAGGAAAAACAGUGGCAGUGCCCAUCAAAGUGGUCUCCAUUGAGGAGAACAGUGCUGUGACAGACAUCUCUGAAUCAGUUGAGUGCAAAUCCUCUGAUGAAGAUGUCAUCAAAGUUUCUGACAGGUGUGACUAUGUUUAUGUCAAUGGUAAAGAAAUGAAAGGCAAGGUGAACGCACUCGUGAACUUCACCUACCAGUAUCUGAGUGCUCCUCUGCAAAUCACAGUCUGGGUUCCACGCCUGCCUCUUCAGAUCGACAUUUCAGACACAGAACUGAGCCAAAUAAAAGGCUGGCGAGUCCCCGUGGUUUCCAACAAAAGGCCCACCAGAGACAGUGAUGAUGAGGAUGAAGAUGAACGGAAAGGGAGAGGAUGCACUCUCCAGUACCAGCAUGCCAUGGUGCGAGUCCUGACACAGUUCGUAGCUGAGGAUUCCAGCCCUUGGGGUCAGCUGAGCUACCUGCUGGGCUCUGACUGGCAGUUUGACAUUACAGACCUGGUGAUGGAUUUUAUGAAACUGGAGGAACCUCACAUUGCCAAGCUGCAGGAAGGCAGGAUUUUGAUCGGACGGGAAGUAGGAAUGACAACGAUGCAGGUUUUGUCUCCUCUGUCUGACUCCAUCCUGGCAGAGAAGACAGUGACUGUUCUAGAUGACAAAGUGACCAUAACAGACCUUGGAGUCCAACUGGUGGCAGGGCUUUCACUUUUUCUUCAGCCAAGCGCAGCAAGUAAUCAGGCUAUUGUGGCUACAACCAUUGCCCAAGAGCUACUUCAUACUCCUAAGCAGGAGGCUGUGGUAAGCACCUGGAUUCAGUUCAGUGACAGCUCUGUUACUCCGCUGGACAUUUAUGACCCUAAGGACUUCUCUCUUUCUGCCGUGUCAUUAGAUGAAGCUGUUGUCUCAAUCCACCAGAACGCUGCCUUGAAAUGGCCAGUUGUAGCAGCGGAAGGUGAAGGUCAGGGCACAUUAAUCAAGGUGGACAUGAUGAUUUCUGAAGCCUGCCAAAAGUCCAAGAGGAAAAGUAUCCUGGCUGUGGGAAACGGCAACGUCAAAGUCAAGUUCGGCCAGAAUGAUGCAGACUCUGAUCCAGGUGGAGAUUAUGAUGCUGAUGAGAUUGAAAACCAUGCUAGCGACCGGCGACACAAAGUGUCAGAUCAGGAGCGGUACGGCCAGGAUGGACGAUAUUAUGGUAGCUCUUCAGCAGAGCGAGAGGAAAGCGCCAUCAGGAAAGUCAGCACCACUGCAAAAUCUGUAAUAAAAAAUAAAGUGAUGAAAAACAACAGGCUGGAUGGUGGCAAACUCUCAGAUGAUAGCCAGCUGCAGAACAUCCCCAUAGACUUCACCAACUUCCCUGCUCAAAUAGACCUCCCAAAAGGCAGUGCAGGCAUGGAGGAAAAUGAUCUGGUGCAGACACCCAGAGGCCUUAGCGAUUUGGAGAUCGGGAUGUAUGCUCUGCUAGGUGUCUUCUGCCUGGCAAUUCUAGUCUUCCUAAUAAACUGUGCAACAUUUGCACUUAAGUACCGUCACAAGCAGGUUCUGGUGGAAGGACAGGCCACCAUGACCCAUUCCCAUGACUGGGUCUGGCUGGGAAAUGAAGCAGAACUGCUGGAGAACACAGCAGAUGCAUCACCUCAGCAGGAUGAGCACACAACCAUUAUUGACCGAGGGACGGGUUGCGAGGAGAGCAACCAGCUCCUCAACGGCAGUGCUCAGAAGAACAUUCAGAGCCAGGUUCACAGGCGUGCUGACUCAGGGGGCAAGCUUGUAAAGGACCAGAAAUCCGAACCUUUACAUUCGCCAACAUCUAAACGGAAGCGGGUAAAAUUCACAACAUUCACUACCAUCCCACCCGACGAUGGUUGUCCUACUGUCAAUUCAAUCCUAAGUAGCAAUGAUGAUGACAUUAAAUGGGUGUGCCAGGAUAUGGACCUGGGGGACUCCAAAGAGAUAAGAAAUUACAUGGAGAAGUUCAAAGACAAAGUGUAGCUCCUCGCUGUUUUUUAGGAGGUUUAACCACACCUUGAUGCCUUCAGUUCUACAAUAUAUAUUGGGAGAGAAGAGGGAAAGGGGAAGGAGUCACCAGGAGAAAUGAUGAGGCAGUUUUUGUAAUCAGGGAAAGAAAUUUGCCAAACUGUCCACAGUUAGUUUUUUUUCAAUUAGGUGUUUCACUUUGUUUUGUUUUUCCAACAGUUAUUCUGCUAUUCAUGGAUUUAAGAAGUGGAGUAUAAAUAGCAGAAAGGAACAAGGAAAUGGUAUGAUCAAUGUAAUGAACUGGACAAGGUGAGGUUGUGAAAAUGUAUUUUAUGGGUCAUAGAAACAAUAAUGAUACUAAUGUUUCAAAGUACCAAAACUAUUCAGGAAAAAAAAAAAGAAAAAGAGAGAGAGAGAGAAAGAGAAUAUAAGACCAUGAAAAGAAUAAGCAAGAGACAAACAAUGACUUGUUUAUAUUACUAAUAGAACAUCCCAAUUUUGGACAUAUGACCUGUAAGGAGACUUUUUAGACUGAUAUUCAGGCUGGUUCUUUCUAUUCCUUCAUUUGAAGUGAAGAUGUGUCUUUGGUAUUGAAUAUGAAGGAGAAAGAAAUUACCAGGUAGUUUUAGUUUUACUUAUCUGAUUGUCUUAUAAGUUGAAACAGAAUAAUUUUCCCUUUCGUAAUAUUCUUCUAAAUAUUUUAAAAACAGGAAAAAAUUCAACCCAGUAAGUUCACAGUGGACCAAAAAUAUUUUAUUUCUAAGUUAGCUAUAAGUAAUCUGCUGUCAUUUAAAGAAUUCAGAGGAUAAAUACUGACUAAUAAUCUCUAUGUGGUGUCUCUUCUGAAAGCAAAAGCCUCAGUUGUUUCACCCUAGCUAAAAAUAUGUUCUGUUUGGAAGGAGUGUUCAUUUUACUUUCAGGUUUGGAUUGUUUGUUUCAUUGUUUGUUUUAAAUCUCCACAACCAAAGUUCCCAUGUUUCACCAAGGGAAGAAGGUGCUUGUUUAUGUUAGUAUGUUGAAAUAAUAACCGAUGGGAGUGCUCCCUGGUGCAUUUUAAGUGUACCUGGAAUGGACACCAUGCAGGUCAAAUAUGUACAGUCUGGAUAUUUUUUUUUCCGAGUCCAUGAAUUCAUGAUUUCAUUCUAUAAUCUCUGUUUAUUCCAAUGUCACCAGCUCUCACCAAACUCUGAAGCUAGAGGAAUGGACUUUAGGACACUGAUUGUCCUCAGACUUGCAUUUCCUUGUACUGGGAGAGCUGGCCUCAGGACAGACUGUUGGGAGGGGGGAAAAUAUUACUGAAGGAAGAUCAAGAAAUAACUGCAAUUUUUAUUUUAUUUUAUGUUAUUUUAUUGACAUUAGACCAGCUAAGACGGAAAAUUUUAGACUAGAUUGUACAGCUGUUGUUUUGUAUUAAAAAAAAAAAAAAUCAUAAUACAAAACCAGUAAUGAAUCUAAAGCAAAUACAAAAUAGAGCCAUACAUUCAUUGUGUAAACUGGCAGAACUCCAUUGACUCAGUGCCAGUUUAGACCAACGGAAGAUGCAGAUCAAAAUCUAUACAAUGAGGAAACCACUGACAAACCAAAACCUUCUGUAACUCGAAGGAAGAUGGUAUAUCCAACUAUCCAACCUUUAGGAAAGCAGUAUUAUUUCUUGACUGUUAGCCAGAAGCACUUGCAUAGUCCUGUCUUUAUUCAUGGAUUUUUUUUUUAAUUACUAAACUCAGUAGUUUGUUGGUUUUUUGUUGUUGUUGUUUGUUUGUUGUUUUUUUCUUGGACAAAAUCAAGCCUGCCACACAGUAACAUAGAUGGACGUUUUAACAAGAUAAGCCUAGUAUGCAUUGUAGACUGAAAGAAUGUAAUAUUUAUUUAUACAUGUUAUACAAAUUGUAAUUAAAAUGCUUUACAUGGCUUGACA